AUAUACAAAUACAAAAUCUCCUCUUCUUCUUGAAAAAGCUCUUUACGUUUUCUCUCUUUCUCUCUAGUUUUUUUGCUAUGAUGCAAGAAUUAGGCUUAGAACGCUUCUCAAACGACGACGUCCUUCGCUUAGACCUCACACCUCCUUCUCAAACCUCGUCUACCUCUCUCUCCAUCGACGAAGAGGAAUCAACUGAAGCCAAGAUCCGACGGCUGAUAUCUGAGCAUCCUGUGAUCAUCUUCAGUAGAUCUUCAUGUUGCAUGUGCCACGUCAUGAAAAGACUCUUGGCAACGAUCGGCGUCGUCCCCACCGUCAUCGAGCUUGAUGAUCACGAGGUUUCCUCUCUUCAUACGGCUCUUGAAGAAGAAUAUUCCGGCGGUGGAUCCGUCGUUGCUCCUCCGCCGGCGGUUUUUAUUGGCCGUGAGUGCAUCGGAGGUCUCGAGUCCCUUGUUGCCCUCCACCUAAGUGGUCAUCUUGUUCCUAAGCUUGUCCAAGUUGGAGCUCUUUGGGUAUGAUUGUAAUAUUUUCAUCUUCUUAUUACUUGUCCUAAUUUGAAUAGGCUUUUGCAGUAUCAAAAAGUCAAAAAAGAAAAUUAGGGUUUCUCUUCAAUUGCUCAUGAAAAGCCUAAUUCUGAUUAUCAUCAGAUGAUCAAAAUUAAAUACCCAUGUAGAAAAUGAAUUAUGAAUAAUAUUAAAGAUGUGUAAGUAGUGAGUUUUAUAUAAUUUGCUUCUUCGUUUUCUCUCUCUCUCUUUUGAUAAUAAAGUAUGAAUCCAUCAACCUCA